ACGCCUUCGUUUUCGAGCGUGAUCUCGCGAUCGGACAACCUCGAUCUACUACGCGUUGUAACAUCGCUGUAACUGUCCGACGUGAAAAUUAUGGACUCCAAAGUUACAUCGUUGCAUCUGCGCUCAACGCAGGAACAUUGAGAUCUGUGACGGACGUGUAUCGAUCCGUUAAGUUUAGAAGUGAAUAGAGAAACUUUUGCCAAGUUUGCUUUAUAAGAUAAAAGUUGGUCCAGCGGAAGUUGGUGAGAAAGCGUGAGCGAAAGUGGGGUAGGAGGAGGAUACUAGUCGAGAUUUUCUAUCUCGCGAAGUCGACAAACACACGAUGCUCACGUCAACGCGGCUGAUAUAAACAAGGGGAGGGUAGAGGAUUUGUUAAAAAAAUUGAAGACCCUACGGGAAAGAUCGAGAACUUGGUGGCAAUGAUAUUGAUCCUCAUGCCCACGUGAGGGGUAAGUGCGCAGGAAGAGUGCGAGAGGAAAAAUGUUGGGGCCGACGGACGCGGGGCAAGGCGCGAACAACGGCGUGAUAGUGCCGCAGCUCGCGAAUUCGCACGCUCCGCAGGAUUUCACGGUCUCACGCCUGCUGUCCACGCCGACGCACUCCUUAGAUUGUAACGAGACUUCCUCCGCUGCUGGGAACAGGAGACCCAGGAGAAGCAGAACAACCUUCUCGGCGCAACAGUUGGCCGCGUUGGAAAGGGUCUUCGAAAAGACGCACUAUCCAGACGCUUUCGUCCGUGAGGAACUGGCGACCAGGGUAUCCUUGUCGGAAGCCAGAGUGCAGGUGUGGUUCCAGAACAGACGGGCAAAGUUCAGGCGGAACGAACGGAGCUCGGCGAUGAACCGGGGUGUCUCCACAGGCAGGGAAAUGGAAGCCGCGCUACCGCUACGUCCCAUCCGAGUGUCACAUCCCCCGCAGCAUCCGGCGGAAAGCAACGCGGAAUCGUCGCAGGGCGCAGCUGCUACCACCCAGGUGACGGCGCAAUAUUCUUACGGUGAUUAUUGGCGAACGACGCCGCAGCAUUACGCAGUGCAAACCGCGACUGCCGGUUGUCACGGUUUCGCCGCGAACGGCGGCCUGACGAACGUGGGUCUGCCGUCAUAUCAUCAUCAUCAAGCUGACAUCCAUCACGGCACCCUCGACGGAACCGCCGUGAACGGCCUGAGCGCCCUGAGACUGCGAGCGCAUCCCUACGGCUCGACGUAUCCAGCGAUGCACGCGAGUAUGUGACAAUGUCCCUAAAAAUCAGAUUUUCCAAAUGCGACGAAUAUAAUACUCUAGAUUUUAGAUCUGUGAAAAUCUAAUUUAGAUCAAAGGGAUUCAGACUUCUAAGAAACGAGAUCGGACUUACUCUUAA